ACCAUAGACUGCGUUUGGGGCUGCUGUUGCCGCCUAAGCCGCCAUGGCAAUGGAUACGAGCGGCAAGGAGAAAGAAGCCCUUCAGCUCCUGGCCGAAGCGGACAAGAAAGUGUGCGGCUCCCACGGCUUCUUCUCGGGACUCUUCGGGGGCGGCUCCUCCAGGGUUGAAGAAGCAUGUGAUAUCUAUGCAAGGGCAGCCAAUAUGUUUAAAAUGGCAAAGAACUGGAGUGCUGCUGGGAAUGCUUUCGGCCAGGCUGCUCAGUUGCACCUCCAGUUGCAGAACAAACAUGAUGCAGCCAUGAGUUUUGUGGAUGCGGGUAAUGCCUUCAAGAAAGCAGAUCCUCAAGAGGCCAUUAACUGUCUCCUCAGAUCUAUUGAGAUCUACACAGACAUGGGCCGUUUCACUAUUGCAGCCAAACACCACAUAACAAUAGCAGAGAUCUAUGAAACAGAACUGGUAGACAUUGAAAAGGCAAUAGCUCAUUAUGAACAAGCUGCAGAUUACUAUAAAGGUGAAGAAUCUAAUAGCUCUGCUAACAAGUGUUUGCUGAAAGUGGCUACUUACGCAGCUCAGCUGGAGCAGUACCAGAAGGCUAUUGAGAUCUAUGAGCAGGUGGGCACCAGUGCCAUGGACAGUCCCCUGCUGAAGUACAGUGCAAAGGAGUACUUUUUCAAAGCGGCCCUCUGCCAUUUCUGCAUUGACAUGCUCAACGCUAAGUUGGCUGUACAGAAAUAUGAAGAAAUGUUCCCGGCUUUCUCUGACUCCAGAGAGUGCAAACUGGUUAAAAAAUUGCUGGAUGCUCAUGAGGAACAGAACAUUGAUAGCUACACUGAAUCAGUGAAGGAGUAUGAUUCUAUUUCUCGCCUUGACCAAUGGCUCACUACCAUGCUCCUGCGCAUCAAGAAGACCAUACAGGGUGAAGAGGAGGACCUGCGCUAAGCCCUGCCCGAACCUGCCCUCUGCCCCUCAUCAGCAGAAUCUGGUGGGGAGAAGGAGGCGUCUCGGCCCAAAGGAACUGGACUUGAAUGGCAAAUUGUUUAUUAUCGCUACCUUUCUCAUAACCCCUCUCCCUGCCACCUCAUCUUUGUACCGCAAAAGACAGGGCAGGGGAGUGUCAGUUGUGGACUAGCUCUGACUGGAGAGAGAUGAAGGCUGUAACAUGAAGUUUCUCCAUUUUUGUUGCCUCAUUUUCCCCUUCUCAG